GAGUCGGUAAUUAUUACCUACGGUCGUUAAGGUAGAGGGGGGACACCGCCGGUCAGUAAUUAUCAGUGAUCGGUAAGAAAGAAAAACGCAAAUUUUACAUGUAACGAAAUAAAUGCGUAAGGGUGGGGGAAACCGUCCUCUUCGCGCGCUGGAGUGGGGGUGUUUUUUCGGGCCCCGCGGGUUCCCUCUCUCUCUCUCGCGCCCAAGUAUUUUCUUCCUCGCACUCAUGCCCCGUGCAACAUAUAAUAUUACAUUACAAUCUUCUAUAAUAGUCUAAAGUAUUCGAUGCGCAGACGUUUCGUGUACGAAGGUGCCGGCCAUUCAAGCACUGGACUCUUGUGGCGUGAAAUAGACACUGCGUUCGAGAGCCGCGUAUUAACCGGCGCUGUUUUGAAUUCGCACUACAUCGAACCGCGUAACUUUCUUCAGGAGGCGGAGACGUUGUGCUCAAGCAUAUACGGGGUGCAUUGGUGAAACAUAAGACACUAAAAGUGAAUACCGCGUUUAAUGGAGAGUUUGUAGCGGGUGAUAAACGCUCGAACAAGACUAUCAGCACAAAGAACUGUGAAAUCUUUGGCGAGAUCAAUCUCGAAGAGUGGUACGAGCAACGCGUCGUCGAACCCACCCUAUCAUCGCUGGAAGAAUUUCAAGAACGGGAUAGCGGAUGGGCGCUGUCGCGUAUACUCAAUUCAAUUGUUAACGUAAAUAAAUAUAUGCCGCUGCAUGCUGAAUGUAUCAUACAAUUACCACGAGAAAUACAACUAAAGAGAGCUGUAAUCAACGUAUGCUCGAACGACAAUGCAUGUUUCGCAUGGUCAGUGGUGGCUGCUCUGCAUCCAGCCGAAAAUCACGUAUAUCGGACAUCGGCAUAUCCUCAUUCAAUGGUGUUGAAUAUCCAGGAUAUCGAAUUUCCAAUGACAUUGAACCAAAUUAAAAAGUUUGAACACGCCAACAGCAUCUCCAUCAACGUCUACACCACUGAAGAAAAGAAGGUUCUACCGAUACGGCUCGCCACACGGAAGAUGGAGAGACAUGUCAAUUUGCUGUAUUUAGAAGGAGCAAACGGCGUGGGACAUUUCGCGUGGAUCAAAAACUUGUCCCGCCUCGUGAGCUCACAAUUGAGUAAACAUAAACGCAGAAAAUACUUUUGCGAUAGAUGCUUGCACUACUUUAGUUCGAAUGAGAAGCUGGAAGCUCACACCGUAGAUUGCGAGAAGAUGAACGAAUGCGCAAUCGUAUUACCAGAUGAUGAAAGCAAGUGGCUCAGCUUCGACAACUACAUCCGGAAAGAGCGACUUCCAUUUGUGGUGUACGCCGACCUCGAGUGCAUUCUGGAGAAAACUGAUCGAGAAGCGCCAAGAUCCACAUACUAGCAUCAUAAAGUAACGACAACGCGUGAAGUUAACCUGUCCGCGACUACAAGAUUUCGGUAAUCACCACGAUGAUAACGUACUGACAGCGGAAUAAAAAGAGCCACCGUGGGGCGUGUCCACGGGUUUAUAUACUAGCUGAUCCUCGCAUGGCACGAGCCGCGUUCGAGAACCUUCGUUUUUGCAUCCGUUGAAAUCAGGAGGGGUCCCAAGUUCAGCGGAUGUGCUGGCGUUGAGUGCUGACGCCUAUUUCGCUGAUUCGCAGAUCCCACGAUUCGGUUCCCGAGAAACGGUUUCCGAAUCGUACGUCAAGCGCAUUCCUAAAAGUAUCUGAUCUUAACUAUUCGCAAUGCGAGGUCGAUGAAAAGGGACACCGGCAGGGCCGGAUGUAACAGAUGUACAUAUAUAUUUAGUUGUAAAAAAAAAAAAAAACAUUGUAAUGUAACUAAUAAUGCUAGUAUAUGUAUAAAACUGAAUAUUUAAUUUAAAAAAUGUUAAUUUUUUACAAUACAUUAUCUUUAUUUAUCCAUGAA